AUGCAAGAUGGAGAGGAUAUCCAGGUUGUGUUCAGAGAUCACUUCAAAAAGACAAGACCAAAGCACAAAGUUAUUGAUUUUCAGAAAAAGUCUGAAGAGGCAGUCAGAAGUGCGAUGAAAAAAGCUGCAGAUUCAGGUAUUGAUGAUAAUGGAAAACUGGAGGCCAAAAUGGUGCUAAAGGAAGUCAUAGGCGAAUUUUGGUGA